AUACACCAUCAUUUUUUAUCUAGAGAGAGAGAGUUACGCGUCUAUUUUGUAUCUAUAUAUUUUUCUCCUCCAGCGACCGAUCCCGAAGGGCGUGUUUGUGUGUGUGGUGUUCAGAAAUGGCGAGGAGACCGGAUGAGGAAUACGAUUACUUGUUCAAGGUCGUUUUAAUCGGCGAUUCGGGCGUCGGAAAAUCCAACCUACUCUCCCGAUUCACCAGAAACGAGUUCUGCUUGGAGUCCAAAUCCACCAUCGGCGUCGAAUUCGCCACCCGCACCCUCCAGGUUGAAGGAAGAACCGUGAAGGCUCAGAUUUGGGACACAGCAGGGCAGGAGCGGUACAGAGCAAUAACCAGUGCCUAUUAUAGGGGUGCGUUGGGAGCUCUUCUGGUUUAUGACACAACAAAACCGACAACUUUUGAAAAUGUUAGCCGGUGGUUGAAGGAGCUGAGGGACCAUGCAGACUCCAACAUUGUGAUCAUGCUCAUCGGAAACAAGACUGAUUUGAAGCACCUCAGAGCGGUUGCUACAGAGGAUGCUCAAGGCUUUGCUGAGAAAGAAGGCCUUUCAUUCAUUGAAACUUCAGCAUUGGAGGCAACAAAUGUUGAGAAGGCUUUCCAGACUAUUCUUUCAGAGAUAUAUCGGAUAAUUAGUAAGAAGUCGCUUUCUUCAGACGAGCCAGCACCUGCUAGCAUAAAAGAGGGUAAGACUCUUGUUGUUGGAGGACCAGAGACGAACACGAAGAAGCCUUGCUGCUCUUCUUCUUAAAGAUUAUUCAUUUCAAUUUUCGUCCAUACGGUCAUCUCUUCUCCUUACUUCUGUUUUUGUUUGUUUUGUCAUUGUUUUCUAUUUUGUUUAUUUUUUUCUUUGGAUCUGUUGGUUUGUAUCUCCUCCUAUUUCUAUGUUAUAUCAAACUUAGUUCGGCAUUUUUUUGUUGGGAUGGUUAAGUUAAGCCUUCAUUUGUAGAUGUAUUUGCGUGCAAUAUAUUCUAGGUUUCAUUGUAUGAGCAAAAGAAGAUUGAGGGUACAAUUGUAUGGUGCAAUUUGAAGUGCAACCGGAGUUUGUAUCCAUUUUAAUUGGAGAUUUCUAUUGAAUUAGAAGUGCAAUUUACUGUGUUUU